UUCCCUCUUCCUUUCUCUCUUCUUCACGGUUUCCUCAUGGACUUUUCAUUCAAACCCACAAACCUUUCUCUCUGUUUUCGCUUGAAUUUCUCCGUGCAAUGUUUUGAUUUUGGCUGAGGUCUAAUUUGGUUCAAUUAAGCUAGAACAAUUGGAAGGAGCGAUGGGUGGAAACUUCGGCCCAACCGAGCAACUUCUCUGGCCAAUUUCGGUGUUUUCAGGCAUCAUCAUGUGCAAAAUCGUAUAUGAAAUUACUGGUCAGAUCAGCUUAUCGUGCUUUAAGGGCUAUAACAAGCUAACCAAAUCACAGAAAAUCGAGUGGAAUAACAGGGGGUUUUCUACAUUCCAUUCAAUUGUUGCUGCAGCAGUUUCUUUCUAUUUGCUAGUUUUAUCGGACACUUUCAAAGACGAGAAUCCUGGUGGUUUAGUAGUGAAUAGAAAAUCAAUUCUCUCUGAUGCCAUGUUUGGGAUUUCGCUGGGUUAUUUUCUCACAGACAUGGCAAUGAUCCUGUGGCUUUUUCCAUCAUUAGGUGGAAAGGAAUAUAUCUUGCAUCAUGGAAUUUCUAUGUACUCAAUUUUAAUGUCUCUUAUAAGUGGCCAAGCACAUAUCUACAUUCUCAUGGUUCUAUUUUCUGAAAUAACAACACCUUUUGUAAACUUACGAUGGUAUCUAGAUAUAGCAGGUCAAAAGAGUUCUACACUUUACAUUUACAAUGGUGUAGCAAUGUUUGUCGGUUGGCUGGUUGCAAGGAUAAUUCUCUUCAUCUACUUCUUCACCCAUUUGUAUCUUCACUUUGAUCAGGUGAAGACAAUAUUUCCCUUGGGGUAUUACAGUCUUCUCAUCGGCCCUUGCAUGCUUGCAGUACUGAAUGUUGUAUGGUUCAAGAAAAUCUUGAGGGGCAUGAUCAAAACUAUAUCUAGAAAGAGACAUGAACAAUAAUGUUUACUCAAAAAGUGUAUGGAUCACAGUGAACACGGGGAGUGCAAAAAGCAGGCAAAAGUUCAGUGGACAUCAUUUAUGCCUUCAACACUCCUAAUUCAUUAGUGGGGGUCCCCAGCAUUAUCUUAGGCUCCACUUUUGGUCCUUUUUACAGAGUUCUGUUAAAUGUCGCUGGCAUGACGAUGAUGUGGCCUUACUAUGCCAGUAAAAAAAUUUAGUGAAAAACCAAGUCUAUCCGCAUCACUGCCACAUUAACCAAAGAAUAGUAAAAUUAUAAGUUUCUAUUGAACUUGAAAUUUUACUAACUUUUGCUGGUGUGACAGUGACAUGGCAGAGUCACGCUAUCGCCACAUCGGUAAGAUUUAAGUAAAUUUUGUAAAAAGGAUCUAGACUGAUGACGGAGGUAACAUCAGUGACCUCAUGUGAUAGCUUUCAAAGAUCAAGAACUCGACUGAUAUUUGGCCAAUACAUCAAGACCCCUACUAAAGUUUUGUCUAUGAAUUACGUAUAUGUUGGAUGAUGUAAAGUUUUUAUAUAAUUGAUUGAUUUGAUGAAGGUAAGAAAUUAUGUUUGUAAACUCCUAUGUUGUAAGUUUUUCUAUAUUUGUUUGAGGAUA